AUGUCGGGGCAUCACAUAUCUGAUGGCGAGCGCGCAUUGAUCGAGUCGUUAUCUGCUCUUGCACCCAUCUUGAGUGAGAACGCGGCCUUGGCCGAACAACAGCGUAAGCCAGUCGAUACCGUCAUGCAGGCCAUUGAAGAUACCGGCGCUUACCGUUGGUUUGUGCCCAAAAAAUAUGGUGGCUAUGAAUACUCGCUGAGCGGAUUUAUGGAAGUGGGUAUCGCCCUGGGAGAAGGCUGUACCUCACACGCCUGGGUAACCACCUUCUGUAUGGAGCACAACUGGCUGCUGGCACUGUACGACCAGGCCGCCCAGGACGAUCUGUUUGGUUCUCAUCCGUAUAUCAUUGCUCCUGGCAGUCUCGCGCCCAAUGGUAGGGCCACCCCUGUCGACGAUGGUUAUCGCAUCAGCGGUCGCUGGCAGUGGGGUACCGGUGUCAUGCACGCCAACUGGGUUAUGGUCGGUGUGCUCACCCCGGUCCCGGGUCAGGACGCGCCUAUGAUGGGCAUGUUUGUCCUGCCGGUUGAAGAAACAGAAAUUAUUGAUACCUGGCACGUUGAAGGCAUGGUGGGUACCGGCAGUAACGACAUCGAAAUCAAAGAUGUUUUUGUGCCUGAACACCGAAUGGUGGAUCUUUCUCUGGUGCGGGAUGGCAACAGCCCCGGGGCGCGUCUGCACAACUCGCCAAUCUACAAAAUGCCCAUGCUCCCUGUUCUCGGCCUGACGGCAACCGCGCCGUUGGUGGGUGCGGCGAAAAAUGCAGUGCGCCUGUUUGAAGAGCGCAUGCAGGGUCGCACGGUUUAUGGCACAACAAGCAAGCAAGGUGAACGUGCCCUGGCCCAGUCCCGCCUGGCGCAUGCCAGAGUCGAAAUGGAUGCCAUUGUUGAUCAGCUGUUUCAUGUGGCGGGAGAGGUUGAAAGCUGGGGUGAGCGCGGCGAACCCUGCCCUGAUAUUGAUCGUGCUCGCCUGCGGGUUGAAAUUGGACAUCUUGUCCGGCGUUCGCGAAACGUGGUUCGUGAUGUGGUGGAAGCAUGUGGCGCCAGUGCACAUUUUCUGGACAACCCAUUGCAGCGCGCCUUGCGUGACUUGAAUACAGCCUCCUGUCACACGGUUUUUGAUCUGGAUGUCAGUUCAGUGGCCGGCGUAAAGCACAUCUACUGGGGUGACCUGCAUGUGCAUUCGGGUUAUUCCCUGGAUGCCUGGGGGUACGGCACAGCGACAACGCCAGCCCAGGCGUAUGCUUUUGCAAAGGGUGCACCGAUAACGCUGCCGGGUGGGAAUUCGGUCAGCAUGCCGCGGCCACUGGACUUCAUGGCCGUGACAGAUCACGCCGAGUGGUUCAAUCUGAUGUAUGUCUGUACAGACCCUUUGGCCAGUGACCAUCCGUAUUGCGAUAUCCUCACUGAGAAAAAUACACCGCAGACAGGCACUGAGGUGUUUCGUAACUAUGUCCUGCCGACAAUCACUGAAGCCCAGCCUCAACCAACACCGUUGUGUGAAGAGCAGCCUGAACUUUGUGCCUCGGCUCAUUUGACCCAGUGGCAACGUGUGCAGGAUCAGGCGAAUGAAGCCAACGACCCCUGCAGUUUCACUUCGUUUGUUGCGUUUGAAUGGUCCGCAACACCCGACUAUAGCCACAACCACCGAAAUCUGAUUUUCGCAAACGAUAAUGUGACGCCGGAUGCACCUGAUUACAUGCGCUACCCCACACCGCACAAGCUGUGGCAGGAACUGGAGCGGCAGUGUUUGCCGGAAAAUGGGUGUGACGUCAUCGCUAUACCCCACAAUACAAAUAUGGGUGACGGCAAGAGCUUUGAUGUCGAAACCGAGUCUCCAGAUGAAUUAGCUUUGCGGGCGAGGUACGAGCGCCUGGUUGAGAUUCAUCAGGAAAAAGGCAACAGCGAAUGUCUGUCCGGGUUUGGUCAAACCGACGAGGACUGUAAUUUCGAAUUGUACCUGACAAAAAACUCCGUGCCGACGGCCGCCGACGGGUAUGUUGAGGCGGAGUGGGAGCAAAUGCGAAGUGGCUAUGUGCGGCGCCUGCUGCUGCGCGGAUUGUACGCUUAUCAGCGCUCUGGAGAGAGCGCGUUGAACCCUCUGCAACUUGGCAUUAUAGGGUCUACCGAUAACCAUUCAGGCACCGGGGGUUUUGUUGAUGAAGAAACCUGGCCGGGUACCGUAUUCGGGUUUGGUGACUUUGAUCGCACCAUGGUUCGAGUGGACUGGAAUCCAGGUGGCUUGGUCGCCGUUUGGGCAGAAGAAAACACGCGUAAGAGCAUUUUUGCCGCGCUGAAACGUCGUGAAGUGUAUGCCACCAGUGGUCCGCGUCUGCGCGUCCGGCUUGAUGCCGCACCAGAAUCACUCAGUUGCACCACCGACGCGCAAGCGGCUUCGGUACCCAUGGGCGGCGUACUCAAUCAGGUAGACAACGCGUUUUUCCGUAUUCAGGUGCAAGCUGAUCACUCACCUGUUGGUACUGUGCAGAUUAUUAAAGGCUAUCUUGAAAAUGGCGAGUUACACGAAGAGGUUGUAGACGUCUGGCAGAAUAAAGACGGCGCUGCUGACAUCUGUGUGCAAUGGCAGGAUGAGCAUCUGAAUGCUCAAGAACCUGCGUUCUGGUACGCAAGGGUACUGCAGGUGCCCACACCCCGAUGGAGUGCGUAUCGGUGUGAGCGUGAAGGACGGUGUGAUGAGUUCCCACAAGCGGAUCGUUGGAUACGUGAGCGUGCUUGGACAUCACCAGUCUGGUACUUGCCGGGAGCUGACGGUGAGUGA